UAUUUUGCAUCCUAACUCACUGGAACUUUUAAUUCCCAGUCAUCGUUUAAUUCUUCACUCUCCUUUGUAACUUGGCUGAUUCUCUUUCUUUCCCGUUUUACCAAACCCUAAUUCCCAAUUUCACCGCUCUCGCCGUUUCUCAUAGUUACCCAAUCUACCUUCGGAUUCAAAAAUCCCUACUUUACAUUAAUUAAUUCAAUACCCAUUCUUUAUUUUAUCUUAUAAACAUUCAAUUUGAUUCAGUUUUGAUUAUUCUCACUUGAAUCUCACGAUGAAAGAAGCUAAAUCUGUUCCUCAACAACACCACCAGAAUGGUCACCUUUCUCCUUUCAAAUUCGCCAAAUUGCUCGAUCCCGAAGCUUCUUGGGACAAGGAUCAACUUGGAGAUGUAUUGCAUUGGAUUCGACAAGCAAUGGGCCUUGUAUUUGGAUUACUUUGGGGCGCCUUUCCAGUGGUUGGGGGAUUUUGGUUUAUGCUCUUUUUAGUUUUGUCCUCCGGGAUCAUAUAUGGUUACUAUUCAGUAAUAUUGAAGGUUGAUGAAGAGGAAUUUGGCGGCCAUGGAGCCCUCCUCCAAGAAGGGCUUUUUGCAUCUACAACUCUUUUCCUGCUUUCCUGGAUUCUAGUCUACAGUUUAGGACACUUCUGAUCGGCGGGGAACUUGAAGCGUUGCUUUAAUCUCAGUGACAUUUAGAAGUUUAUAUUUGAUUUCAUGUUUGGCCAUAGUGUUCUGAAAUCAAUGAGAAAAAUGUGGGUUGCGGGUAUUUACUUUUCUAUGUAAAACAUUCUGAUUUUGUGGAGGGUGAAUGAUUUUGCUUCUGUAGCUGUUCUAGCUAGCAUUCCUAAUGACACCACACGUUUGUGGCAAACUAUGGAUCGUAGAAUUAAUGACAAUCAAAAUUCUGUUUAUUGACCUGUUUAAUAAAGGUGCUUGCAGGUAAAUUCUCAAGGACACCUUUGCAAAUUCUGAA